GUGAAAAGACUGUUAUCCUUCCCUCCUGUUUUCUUUCUUUCCAGGGAGGGGUUCAAAAGGAUACAAAUAUGGCCAGUGGUCACAGACCUCCCAUAGCUCGGCCCUCUUCAAGAGCAGGAAUGGGGCUGACAGCAAGGCCAUCCUCUUCAUCACGGACUCCGUCAGCAACCAGGAUAGGAACAGCGAUGCCUCCUAGUACAUCAAGACCUGGUUCGCGUGGUGGCUCUUUGACUCAUAGCGGAAUCUUGUCAUCGCAUAUUAAAGUUGCAGACCGCCCAGUGACACAACAAGGAUUAAGUGGAAUGAAAACUGGAAUUAAAGGUCCUCAGAGACAAAUAAUGGAUAAAACGUAUUAUCUUGGACUGCUGAGGAGCAAAACAAAUGAACUUACAAUAGAAAUUAACAAGCUGCAGGAAGAAGUAGAAAUGUACAAGCAAGAGAAAUCAGUCUAUUUGUCAUACGAAAAAAGGGCAGAGGAUCUAGCUGGUGAAAUCAAAGAAUUUCAAGGUCAGCUAGCAGACUACAACAUGGUUGUGGAUAUACUUAACACCAAUACAGACAUGGCAGAAGUGAUUCAUGAUUACAAUAUGUUAAAGGUUCAGAAUGACCGAGAUGCUCAGAGUGUGGAUAAAAUUUUCACAGAAAGACAAGCCACAGAAAAGUUAAUUCAAGCUGUGGAAGAAGAUAUUGAACGUGAAAAAGUCGUAGCAGAUGACAUAAUAAAAGACAUGUCUCUGGAAAAUCAAGCUAAAUAUAUAGAGAUGAAGACUGCAAAUGAAAAACUCUCCCAGGAAUUGGUUGUUCAACAGCAGCAAUUGGAUGCACUAAACAUGAAGGAGGAGUCUCUAAGAGCUGAAAUAGCACACUCCCUGGUGAAACAGGAGGCUGUGCAGCUGUAUGAAAAGCUCCAUGAGCUUGAGGAACGUCGAAAUCAAAUGAUUGCUGAGGACAAGAACAUGGAAUCUCCACAAGAGGAAAGAGAGAGAUUACUUAAGCAGGUUAAAGAAGAUAGUCAAGAAAUAGCAAGCAUGGAAAGACAGCUGGCAGAAGUAAAAGAAAAAACAAACCACUUAAAAAAGGUUAUUCAACGACUUGAUAUGGAUUUGGAGAAUCAUCAAGGAGAGGAAAAUUGGAAAUACAAGGAGCUGAAAAAGAGAGAAGAAAGCAUGGACAAUUUUCUUGAGACUUUUGAAGACAUGAAGAAUCAAGAGCUAGAACGAAAGGCCCAAAUAGAAGCCAGUAUUAUUGCACUCCUGGAACACUCAAGCAGGAACGUGAAUUGUAUGAAACAAAUUUCAUCUGUUACCAAUCAAGAGUUGAAGAUUAUGCAGGAAGACCUCACUUUCAAAUCAAAUGAAAUGCAGAAGUCACAGAGCACUGCUAAGAAUCUGAUUACAGAGAGUCAAAAAUUGCAGAUGGACCUGCAGAAGAUGGAACUCCUGGAGGGCAAGAUGACUGAUGAACUGGCUUCUCUUAAAGAGAAAAUUGAACAAACAACAGCAGAUUUGGAAGUCUGUAAUAAUUUGCCAGCUCUGAAAGCAUCAGGAGAAGAGAAGAGAAAGAGACUACAGGAUGACAAGGAAAAAUUAACAAAACGUAGUAAUGCUUUUAAGAAAAUAAUGGAACACUUGAAUGCAGAGUACAAUACCAUAAAGAGAGAGCUUCGGGAGAAUGAGACACAUUCUCAGCUUACAAACUUGGAGAGGAAGUGGCAGCACCAUGAGCAAAAUAACUUUAUGAUGAAGGAAUUCAUAGCAACAAAGAGUCAGGAGAGUGACUACCAGCCAGUAAUGAAGAACGUGAGAAAGCUGGUCACGGAAUACAACAAAGCUCUCAUAGAAGCUUUACAGAACACCAAGAGCUGAACCCAAGCACUUCCUUCCUGCCCCCAUGGACCAACAAUGAAGGAUGUGCAGAGGCAGCAUGGAAAGCUGAGCCACUGCGCUCAUGUGCUCACCACUGCUGUGACAGAUACUUUUAAAACUAUUUUUCCAAGUUUAUUUUAGUAGUACUCCUUUUUUUGCAAUGUUUGAAAAUAUUUAGAAAAAAAAAUGAAUUGUAGAAACAUGUAGAACUAGAAAUACUGCAUAAUAAGUGUAAAAUCAUCAGAAUGUUUUACUGAAGCGCAUUGCUGGAUUGUGAAAAUGAAGCUUCAGUAUGCUUUACACAAUGAAUGUCUAAUUGUCUUUUAGUCCUACCCCUGGCAAACAGAAUGGGAUUAUUCCCUGAAUAAGGACUGCCCAAUGGAAUCUCAGAUGCAUUAUCUUAAAUGAAAGCAUGUAAAAUAAGUAGUAAUAUCAGCAUACCUUCCCCAUUUAAGAUAGCAAUUCAUAACAAGUAAAGGAAGCAUGUAAGGACAACAAGCAGCCUCUUACGACAGAAUUCUUUUGUAUUAUAAAGUCUUAAAAUAAAAGCAAAUUUACCUUAAGGAUCUGUCAGCAAAUUUUCAUUUGCCAAGGGAAAACUGACUAACUUGUAGAGCAUGUCCUUGUUUCAUCUUUUUAAUAUAAGGACAGAACUAUGAUAAAAUGUAGUGAAAUAUAGCUAAUGCUGACCUUGUGCAGAGCAUUUUAGUUUUAUGGUAUUCACCAAUAAAGGAAGCGAAAGGGAAAAUUAUUUGUAUUUUAUGCAUUGUUUUUUUCCCAAGUUUUUUCUUUUUUCUCAAGCUGCAGUGUCGUAUGUAAACUCAACUUCAAGAUAAAAACAUUAAAUAGAGAUUCAACAUAGAACAAAAACAGGACUGAUCCAGAAAUAAUGUUCAUUAUGAUAUAUACAUGUCAGAAAACAUUAAACCAAUGAUUUAUUUCCCUCACAUUGUACCUGUAAUGUAAUUAUAAACUUGUAAUUAUAAAUUGGUAGCUUCCUCUACCUUCCACAUUGUAAACUAGUCCUGAUCGAGAAAAAAAAAAAAAAAAAAAUUCUAGGUACAAAUCCUAGACAGACAGUAAUCAGGGUAAAAAGAAGUUUGUUUGUUUGUUUGUUUGUUUGUUUGUUUGUUUAAAAAAAAAGUGAGGGGUUGGAUAUAGUUUCAAUACUACCUUAGGAGAGUUCCUACGUAAAAGAAGAAUACUGUGUGCUUCACUUCAUAAAACAUGUUGACAAAUAAUUAGAAAAUUAUCUGUCUGAUAAAAUAGAAGUUGUGUGUUUUUCUCCUUCAGUUUCUCCAAAUCUGUGAUCAUCAUUUUGAGUACAUAGCAGAAAUAUGUAAAACGAACAUACUGAAGGUUCUUGCAGAGAACACCGUACUUCCAAUUUCAGCUCAAUAACUGCUGUUGUUCUCUAUAUUUAUGUCUGUAUAAUAUUUAGAUAUAAUGGAACAGGAUUUGUAUAAACCAAGGGAUGUUAUCUAGGGGAAAUUCCCACUAAUGUCUCUUCCUUCCUGACAAAGUUUCAGCUAUUCCAGAGAGAGCCCAUUAUUUGCUGAGAUAAAGUUGAAGUCUGAUAUUCUCACCAAUCAAACCAUCACCUAGUGAGAUCGCCUCCUGAAUUCCAUUUCUGCUACAAUAACAUAUUUUAAUGAACAAUGGAAAGAAGCUGCAGACUGAAUAAACAGGCUGCUUUAAAUUUGCUUUCACUCAAGGCAGGGAAUGGUUUUAUUCCUUAGCUGUGAUUCUGUAGUAUAGCAGAGUAAAAUUUACAGGGUUUAGUUGUGUUUUGUAAUGUUCCCUUGUGAUAAAAAUGCUUUCUCUAGCACCCUG